GUGUUCUGCCUCGCCUCCUCUCGCGGAUCCGGCGAUCCGCGACCGCUCAUGCUGUGGCGACCGCUCGGCGACGUCUCCGCGGAGACGGAGCUGCGAUGGAGCGGGGGCUCCUUACGCGGAUCUUGUAUCCAGCGCCGCAGGCGACCUACACGGCGGAGAGCUUCAAAGGUGAACUCAUUUGGAUCCCAAAGAAGAGCUCGUUAGAUGGAGACGCGCCCUUAUUGGGCGUGGAUUGCGUGCCGUGCCUUUUGUUGAAGUAUCCCUACAGCCGAUUCUUGGUGCUCUUCUUCCACAGUAACGCUGAGGAUCUUGGUAGGUGCUAUUCCUUUUGUGUGGCGAUGCGGGACCGCUUUCAGGUGCACGUGUUGGCUGUGGAGUAUCCCGGCUAUGGGAUCUGUCCGGGUGUGGCCACUGGGCCGUCGGUCAUGGAGAACGCCUUCUCAGCGCUGCACUUUGCGACGCAGAGCCUGCGCUGGCCACUGGAUAGCAUUUUCAUCUUUGGGCGCUCGAUCGGCACGGGCCCCGCGGUGAAACUCACGUCGCUCUUCCGCUUCGCUGGGGCCAUCCUGGUGACGCCCUUCCUGUCGAUCGGCGAACUGUUUCGGGACCGCGUGGGGCCCUUGGCUCAGCUGGUGGAGGAGUGGUACCCCAACCUGGAGCUCAGCAAGAAGAUCCGCUGCCCGGCCUUGAUGAUUCACGGGCGCCGGGAUGACAUGAUCAACUUCCGACACGCGGAACAGCUGCAUGAGGCGAUCCCUACGCGAAAGCUUCUGGUGAGUCCUCCAGCCAUGCUCCACAACACAAACCUCAUGAAUGACAUGAACUACCUGGUCAUGCCUGCGACACACUUCUUCUCCUUACCAGACUAUGUCUUCCACGACAUGAGGGUGCCGCACUGGGCCUACACCCUGCGGCCCAGUCCGAAGGCGCCCAAGUCUUUGACGCCGAACAGGUCCAUCGCGCCCGGAAAACUGGAGUCCUUCGACAUGUGUUGUGGAACAGGCCCAGGGGUUCGGCUCGUGGACUGCUGCAGCCGUGCCAUGGUGGACUUGCAUGAGGCCAUGGACACCACACAGGUGGGUUUGGACGUCACGAGCCUCUCACAACAAGGCGAGCUGUGGGAAGACCCAGCGCAACCCAUUGCGGUGUCCAUGCCAGCACUGGUGGGGCCAAAAGAAGCUCAGCACCAGGACUUCCAAGAGGAGGUGGUCACACACAAGACCAUCAUCAUUCUGAAGGAGGAGCCCUUCUCCAUUUCCAUGUGA